AUGGUCUCCGCCUUUGCUCCGUCUACAUUGGCUGCCUACCUGUCAAAAUGGAGGCACUGGCUGCGUUUUGCAUCUGCUAGCGAGAUUAGUCCCUACAUUCCGGACAUUAACAUCCUGCUGGACUUCCUCGCCACUAACUCGCGGGGGCGUUUGCAGACGGCCACCACCUGGAUCAAGGCCAUGCGCUUUGUCAGUCGGCGGGCAAACUUGGAUGCCCUGCGCUCAGCCUUGCAUUCUGAUGUCGUGUCAGCCUAUGCCAGAUCGGGAUCCAUUGUGGAGCGUCGUGAGAGUGCUCCACUACCACUCAGUUUUGUUCUCUUCCUAGAGCGGAGGGUCUUGGACUGCUCCAUCUCCAUACAGCAGCGCGUUCUGGCUGGGGCCUUUCUACUCUGCAUCUUCGCCUCUCUCCGUUUCUCUGACGCUCUGUGGUGUCCACCGGCCAGACUCUGCAUCACGGGUGACUGUCUCCUAUCAGUCUGCCUCAAGACCAAGACCACGAGGCGCUCUAUGCCGUUUGGAGCGGUUGCGGGCGGCUUUCUGCAUCGCGGUGCAUCUGGCUGGGCUCAUGCCUGGCUACAUCUUGUGCAACUGUCGCUGCAGGCGACGGCGAUGCUUCAUCCUAACUUCACGCCUGACUUUCUGCUGGCAAAGAUGGGUGAUGACCCGGCCCGUCCAUUGUUUCUUGCGCCCAUGUCGCGCUCUGAGGGUGUGGUGUUACUCAGGCGACUUUUCUAUGAGCGCUAUCAGAACACACCUGCAUCCUGCCGACCGGAGCCAGAUCUCCUUGGUGUCCAUUCUCUGAAGGUUACCCUUCUCAGCUACGGUCGCCAACUUCUCAUUCGAGAGGAUCUACAGCGUCAGCAGGGUCAUCACCGAGCUUCCAUUGCCGGCAUGUCUGAUCUCUAUGGUCGUGACGACGUGGCUGGCCCCUUGGAGUUCCAACGCCAGGUGGUUGGAGCGGUUCUCGAGGGCUUUCGCCCACGUCGUCCCCGCUUGCGGGGCGGGCUUCCGCCUACAGCGGACAUUGACAUUCAACUGCCUACGGUGCCUGGUUCAUCAGACAUGCCCGCGAUCGAGGCCAAUCCUGUCCCCCCGCCUGAGAUACAUCCAGAGCUUCCAGAGGCCGUUGCCGAGGCCCUCUCAAUGACAAUGGAACCUUUGCCACCUGAUGCUUCCUCUUCAUCUGGUGUGGCUGAGGAUUGGACGGAGGUUCAUGGUCCAGCGGACGAAUAUUUCUUCCUGCUGAAUGGUGUCUCACGCAUUGCACACAAAGCGCAGCCUUGCUGCUCCUCUCACCCUGCAUUCCAGGUGAAAGUGGCCCACCUGCAGAGGUCUUUCCGUGCAGGGUGUAGCGUUCGCGGUGUGGAAUCACUCCAAUUCUCAGAGUUUGUGCCUGAAGGCUUUCGUCUGUGCUUAAAGCGCGGCUGUGUCCUGGACUAA